AUGACAAUGAAAGAAGUGACUGGAUUCAGUGUCCAGAAUGUGGCAUCCCAUAAUAAUGUUGUAAGACUGUCGAUAAAUAAUCAAAUCUGCCACUUUGUUCCAUUGGAGACUGACAAGUUCUUUCCGAACCUUGAAACUUUGAGGAUUUGGUCUUCAGGAUUAAAGAAAUUGGAUCAGAAUGACAUAAAAGGAUUUGAACACUUAAGAGAACUAAUUCUGCCACUCAAUGACAUUGAAAGUCUUGAUUCAAAUUUAUUUGAGUUCAAUAAAAAAAUCAAAAAAAUUGAUUUAAGUAGAAAUAAACUCAAAAGUGUUGGACUAGCUUUAUUAUCAACAUUAAGGACCAUCACAUAUAUCAACUUCAACCUCAAUGACUGUAUUGAUGACAGUUUUAAAGUAAACAUAGACAAAUUUAUAGAAAAAGUCAGAACAUCUUGCCCACCGACAAUUGAAAUGCUCAAGAAUGACGUCAUCUUCGUAAUUAAUGAAAAUGAGAAGCUUAAACUGUCAAUUGAUGCAAAAGACGCGAUUAUUAAAGAAAACUGUGACUUCAGCAAGUUUGAGGAAAUUGGAAAUAAGUUUGAAGAGAAGACAGAGCAGGAAGAUUAUUAUCAGUUACAUAAAAAUGAUGGAAGUGACUAUAAAGUUCAUCGAUAUGAAGAAAUUGAUCUUUGA